GCCCGGCGCCGCUUCCCGCCGCCGGAGCCAACCAGCCCGCUGCGUGCGUGCCUGCGUGCGUGCGUGCGUGCGUCUGUGCGUCUGUGCGUGCGUGCGUGCGUGCCGUGCGCUCGCCGGGCACCGCGGCCUCGCCCUCGCCCUCCGCCCCUGCGCCUGCACCGCGUAGGCCGCCCCCCCCGCGCGCCCCGCCGGCGACCCCCGCGCGCGCCCCGCCGGCCCCCCCGCCCCGCUCCAGAUUUAAAGGGGGCGCCGCCUCCGCGCGCCCGCCGCAGGUGACCUCUCGGGUCUCCCCGCCGGAGGCCGCCGCCGAGGAACAUGGCGAAGGUGGAGCAGGUCCUGAGCCUCGAGCCGCAGCACGAGCUCAAGUUCCGAGGGCCCUUCACCGAUGUCGUCACCACCAACCUGAAGCUGGGCAACCCCACAGACCGGAAUGUGUGCUUCAAAGUGAAGACCACGGCGCCGCGUAGGUACUGCGUGCGGCCCAAUAGCGGGGUCAUCGACGCCGGGGCCUCCAUCAACGUAUCUGUGAUGUUGCAGCCUUUCGAUUAUGACCCCAAUGAGAAAAGUAAACACAAGUUUAUGGUUCAGUCUAUGUUUGCUCCAACUGACACUUCUGAUAUGGAGGCAGUAUGGAAGGAGGCAAAACCGGAAGACCUUAUGGAUUCAAAACUUAGAUGUGUGUUUGAAUUGCCAGCAGAAAAUGAUAAACCACAUGAUGUAGAGAUAAAUAAAAUUCUAUCCACAACCGCAUCAAAGACAGAAACGCCAACAGUGUCUAAACCUCUGAGUUCUUCCUUGGAUGACACCGAAGUCAAGAAGGUGAUGGAAGAAUGCAAGCGGCUGCAAGGCGAAGUCCAGCGGCUGCGGGAGGAGAACAAGCAGUUUAAGGAAGAAGACGGGCUCCGGAUGAGGAAGACGGUGCACAGCAACAGCCCUGCGCCCGCGCUGGCCUCGGCCGGGAAGGAGGAGGGCUUGAGCACCCGGCUGCUGGCGCUGGUGGUCCUGUUCUUCAUCGUCGGGGUCAUCAUAGGGAAGAUCGCCUUGUAGGGGGUGUGCUCGGGACGGUCGCCGCCUGUGGGCCUGAGCCUGGGAGCUGAGUCUGCCGUAACCAUGUGUACAGAAUUAAUGUAUGAUGACAUCUCACAGGUCUUGCCUUUAAAUUACCCCUCCCCAAACAUGCGUGCACCCGUGUGCACACGCGUGCACAGAUAUAAUAUUAACAACCUUUUAGAAAGUUAAAAAUGUAUAGUAAAUGAUGGGGGAAAGAAUGAUCUCCGCCGGUGACGAGGAACCGUGAUUAGGCAGUGCUGGCAUGCGUGUCAUUUCAAACGACGUCGCCUCGCCCGCGUGGCUGGAUUACCUCUCACACAGACGUGCUCCCUGCCUGCCGGCGCCGGCCCUCAGGAGCCCCCUCCUCACGUCGCCCCACGCUGCUCACCCCCACACGCACCCCCGGCCUGCUGCUUCACGUUUUGCCCCAGCUGGCAGCUCCCUGGGACCCAGGAACCGUCGGAAGCCGACGAGCGCCAGCUGCCCUUGCUCCGGCGCAGGUGGAGGCCUGGGGUGGCCGAUCAGCCCCUCACUUGGGAAGUCGAGUCAGCGCUUUGUUCUCUUGCAGGGACCAUGCUGAGCCGCCGUCGGUUCGGGCAGCAAGGCGGAACUGUUUAGAGACUUGAUGCCUGUUUAACUUAUUUACUGUAUUUCAUCUCAUGUUUUCUUGUCACAAGGUUCAUGCUGGGGCUCCCUAGGCUGUGGGUAGAGCUGGCGCUGCCGCCCUCCCUCUCUGGAGGGGCUGGCUCUGAGGGCAUCCAGCAGCUGCCAGGGAGGGGCGGCCUUGGUCGUGACGGUGGACUCUGCUUUAUCCUUUCUCAUGGGAAGAGCGGCCCAUCCAGCGCGUUGUCCUUGGACGGGACCUCGGGCCCCACUCGUCUGUCCACCCGCGUGCCCUGAGUCCAGCCUGACCGCUCCCUUGGGGCCCAGCAUGGGACCAGGCGAGUGAGUCGGCAGCAGAGUGGUGAGGAGGGGGGCGUAGGGGUGGGGUGAGAGGCUUCCCGUAAUCCAUCCAGUAGUCAUUGAGGGUUUGACUGUGAAUUCAUUUUAUGUCACAAAUGACCAAUUCUGUUUGACUAUGUAGCAUCAUAAAAGAAAAAAAUUAAAAUAAAACCCCAAAAU